UCAAUUAUUGCUAUCACCUUCCGACAAGAUAAUAGCGAAAAUAGCGACCAGAGGAAACUGGCGGGAUUUAAGACCAAAUACCAAACAUCGACUCGACUUGCUCAGCAUCCAGAUAUCGAUAUAUCCCGCCAUAGUUCGUGCGUAGCGCUUAUCGAUCAGCUGGGCUCUUUCCUUCCUUUCGAUCUUUCGGCAAUUUCAAUAUUUGGUCGUCCGACAAGCGGCGGCAUAUCUAGGAUAUAGAACUUCUUUCGGUCUUUGUGAGCCUUUGAAUUGCCAUCUCGCUCCUCGGACUACCAAUGAUAGCGACGAAAGAACAUCAAGAGCAAUAAGGCAGGAAACUAUCAACGACUCCAAACAGCCUCUGUCAGCAAUUCAAACAUUUGUCGAAAUCAGAGUCAAGCGUUCCCUGCCACAUAUCACUGCAUACCGUGUGGCAUUUCAGGUUCAGCACCGCCUCAACACAUCGCGCACCCACCAGCUUAUCAGCAAUGGCGCCAUCAUCACCAAUUUUAUCGCCAUCUCGCUCUCCUCUGUCCGGCAGCCGAAUCAAUGGCGAUAACUCAAGUGUCGAUGAAAGGACAGCUAUACAGAGCGGGUUGUUGGGAGAAAGGAAGGAUAGCGGAGUCAGGAAGGAUUCUUUGACACGUGAAAGAAAGGGGAAGAUGCCGGUACUCUCACACUUGCUCUGUGUGGGCAAUGGUACCGUUCUGAGUUUAGUUGCAGACAAAAAAUAUGUCUAUGCUGGGUGUCAGAGCGCCGACAAUGAAAUCACCGUAUUCUCAAGGUCAAGUCUUCAACCAUUGUAUCGCCUACUCGGUCAUCAAGGCAGUGUACUCGCUCUACUGAUCAUUGAGGAGAAAAAAUGGCUUGUCAGUUCAAGUAGUGCCGGUGAUGUCAGGAUAUGGUCAACAGAAACUUUGGAUCUGCUAUAUGUUAUCCACCCGUGCGACGACACUUCCGGAGACAUUUACUCCCUGGCAUGGGAUGAACGCGCCGGGGGUACACUUUACUUUGGGUCCCAAUCGUGCUCCAUCGAAUGGAUUAACUUUGGCGACUUCUGCACUUUCCAUCAACGCAAGAUCUCUGGCUCAGCCGCGGGUACAGUCCACGUGGUGCCUAACUGUACUGACUCUUCUUCUCGUCCUGGUCCAUCUCAACGAUCAGGCCGCUACAAACCUCACAAAUUCUUUGACAACCCCCCGGAAAACGGUUGCAGCGGUUCCUCCACCCCUUGCUCCCCGUUUCCAUCCAAUACCGCUCGAAAAGAAACUUUCUCCAAAGCCGAAUUAGAUCAAGUCAGCGUAAAUUUGCUUGAACAAACACGCCCGGCUACAGAGAUUGAAGUUCCAGCCGAAUCCCGUCUUGCCUUUGCGCAUUAUGGCUACAUCUACGCUUUACAUACCCUCUCGAGACCUAACGGUGAUAAGUGGCUAGUAAGCGGUAGCGGUGAUUCCGACGUCAAGAUCUGGGAAUGUCAUCCAUCAGGCGGUAUCACUCUUGUCCGUCAAUUCAAUUCUCUCUCUGGUGCGGUACUCUCUUUUGCGUUUCGAGAUGACCUGCUUUAUGCCGGUUUGCAGGCAGGAGAAAUUGCAGUGUGGGAUCUCGAAACAGGGGCUUGUAUACGUACGAUCGAAGCGCACGAGGAAGACGUACUCGUGAUGAGUGUGUUGGGUGGCGAUGUGUAUACUGCCGCGGCCGAUGGGAGGGUGUUGAGGGUGAAUGACGAGUUUGAUUGUACGGCGGCUUUCAAGGCACAUAGCGGAACCGUGAUGAGUAGCACGAUCGUAAAAAGUGUUAAAGGAGAUUCGUGGGAGCUCAUCACAGGUGGGAAUGAUUCUUAUGUCAAGAUUUGGCAAGUAGAAGCACCUAAAGAAACUUUGCAAUCCGAAAAUGUAAUGGACAUGGAGCAUGGGGGUGAUGUGAUGCUCUACGCUUUAUCCAAACUUGUUGCAGUCCCGACUAUAAGUGAUGACUCCCAUCGUGAAAGCUGUCGACAAGGCGCACAUCUACUGAAAAAGAUCCUCUCCCAACUCGGCGCUUCUUCUGAAGUUCUCUGUGGAGAACAAGGAAGGAAUCCUCUCGUCCUCGCCACUUUUACCGGUCAAGAUAUCGGCAAACCUCGAAAACGUAUUCUCUUCUACGGACACUACGACGUCCAGCCCGCCGCUGAGAAACGCUGGAUAACCAACCCAUGGGAACUAUCUGGUCGAGACGGCUAUCUAUAUGGUCGUGGUGUCACCGAUAAUAAGGGCCCCAUCAUGGCUGUUGCUUGCGCUGCCGCUUCGUUGAGACAGCGUCGUGAAUUGGAUGUCGAUCUGGUCAUGAUCAUUGAAGGCGAAGAGGAAGCAGGCUCACGAGGAUUUGCCUCUACCGUCCGUGCUCACAAGGCUGAUAUCGGACAUAUCGAUGCCAUUCUCUUGUCCAACUCGACUUGGAUUGAUGAGGAAGAUCCUUGUGUGGUGUUUGGUAUGCGAGGCGUGGUCUACGCCAACCUGUCGGUAGAGAGCAGUGAAGAGAACCUGCAUAACGGUGUAGACGGUGGUGCGACCAGUGAGCCGAUGUUUGACAUGGUCAGGGUUUUGGGAGCGUUGUCAGAUGCCAAGGGCGUCAAAGUGCCUGGGUUCUACGACUCUGUUCGACCUGCCACCGACGAAGAGAUGUCUCUCCUCCGAGAUGUUUCCUCUGCUUGCGGCCGUCCCCUCGAUGAACUCAUCCGAGUUUGGCGACAGCCUUCGUUCUCCAUUGCCAGUAUCAACUCGUCAGGUUCUGGAAAUAAAACCGUCAUUCCUCGAAGAGUGUCGACGGACAUCUCAAUGCGAAUUGUACCAGAUCAAGAUCUAGAGACUAUCGUCAAAGGCCUUAAACAGUUCUGCAGAGAAACUUUCCAGGGAUUAGAAUCGCCUAACAAAUUCGACAUCCAAGUCACCCAUACCGCCUCCUGGUGGCUUGCAUCGCUUGAAUCGCCAUACUUCAAAGCCCUCGAAGCUUCGGUACAAGACGUCUGGGGUGUCAGACCGCUCAAGAUUCGUGAAGGUGGUACGGUCCCUACUGUGUUCUGGCUGGAGAAGGAAUUCGGAGCGCCUUGUGUGCAUUUGCCUUUGGGUCAGAGUUCGGAUGCAGGCCAUUUGGCAAACGAGAGGAUGAGGCUUUUGAAUUUGAGGAACGGUAAGAGGGUGAUCGAGGCAUAUCUCACGAGACUCGCAAGCAUUUAAGGUAGACAAAACGAAUAAUGGGGUAACUUGCAUAAGCUGCAUACAUAAUGCAGCGUUAAUUUUUUCUUUUUUUUUCUUCAGUUCUCAUAGCGUUCGCCUGCAUGCAAUCAAAGUAAAUGUUUGCUAGCAACGUUUG